UAAUCAUAAGGAGAGAGCAUUAAAUUCUCCUGCUAUCAUCUUCACGCUAUCAUCUGGUGGUGCUCGUAUCGCUGAGAUAACCACAUAAUCUCUCAGUCAUACUUCAAGUUUUGUUAAGUGUGGAGGCAGCGCAUUCACCACCACCGCCAUCAUGUCCAGCCUCAAGCUCAUACCAUGCCGGGCGGGGUCCCAGUGCCCCUCCCCUGUGACUGUGUCGGGAGGAGCCCCAGCCUCCACGCCCCUGGUGGCAGCAGCAAGACACAAUGGUGGCAUCAUACCCGGGGUGGUCAUGCCCAGCUCCACUGCCUGCCACAUACCCUGGGGCGGCCAAGCCAUUGCCAAAACCGAGUAUUUUGUGCUGAGCAACCCUGGAGGUGCAGCGUUGGUAUGGGAGAGGGCCAGCCAUGGUUCAAUACCCCAGGGUGCCCUGCAGGGAGGCCACUCCGAGACGGGGGAACCUCUCUAUUUUGGCCGCUUCAACUACGCCGGCUCCAUCAUCAGUGGGGUGGUCCAACCAAGUCAUCAAGUAUGCUACGUACCGUACUGGGGCCAAGCAACCUCCAAUGUCACCUACGAGGUUCUCUGUCUGAAGACUGUCCCCUUGGCCAGCCUCGGUCUCCAGUGAAGUUCACUCUCGUUAACAUCAUAUGGUCAUAUUUAAGUUUUCUUUCUUUAUGUAUUUGAUUCAUACAGUACAGUACUAUUAACAGUGAGCAUGUAUAUAAUGGGUUUUCAUAUCUCCCAUUGUAAUAUUUCAUAGAGGAUACGUUUACUGUACCUAUAUUCCAUAUUCUCUAUGCAUAACUGUACAAUUUUUGUAAAAAUGUUAAAAUAAAACGAGAUAAAGAACA